GCAAUGUGUACGACUGUACGUAUCAUGUUUGCCAAUCGUUGAUAACAAGCAACCGUCGCUUGAACCCAAUAAAACCAUUGUUGUCAUACUCACCAACACGAAGCUAUCGCUAACCGAACUAUAUUUAUAUUUUCAACACAUAAACUGUUCACUUGCAGUGAGUACCUUCAUAACAGAUCAGAUAUUCGACUUUAAAGCGGUUUUUGUCGGGUCAAGAAGAUUCACAAAAUCGUUAACCAGUCCAGGAAAAAAAAUAUAUCAAAAUAUCAAUUUGCUAUCGGUUUUUUUUUAUGCGCGAAGUUUAGUAGAGAGACAAAAUGAAAUUUAUUCUGUUAACUAUGGCUCUUGCCGCCGGUUUGUGGACAACUCAUGCAGAUGAUACCAACGCUACCGACGUCAACAAAUAUACUGCACAAUUCUCAGCGAUCAAUCAUAUAAGGGAAGAUUUACAAACCUUCACAAAUCAGCAACUGGAGAAGUCCUAUGAUUUCUUACUGCUUUCCCUUACCUUUGACAAAUAUGAGUUGGAUCGUCCUGGAUUCGAGAAACUUUACCGAAAAAUCUCUGACAAAGCAUGGGAGGAUACCAUUGGAUUAAUCAAAUAUCAGAGCAAGCGCGGUCUAUCGGUCAGUUUGAAUGGAGCUCUAAGUAUCGUUGGGAAACUUGAUGGUAAAGUUGAAAAGUCUACACUUGUCGAUAGUGAUGAAUUGUCUUCGCUGAAGUUAGCGUUGGAUUACGAGAAGCUUCUGGCUGAAGAGAGCCAUCGCGUCCAUAAGAAGAUCUCGCAUGCCCACGAUAAGGGUCAAGCCUAUGAUCCGGAUGCGGCCCAUUAUUUGGAUGAGGAAAUAAUCGAGUACCAGAGUGGCGUUAUCCGAAAGCUAACUGGGUAUAUUCAUAAUCUGAACAGUAUCAUCGAAGAACCGAAAACUAAAGAUAUGGGUAUUCAUAUGUUUGAUGAAUAUCUAGUAAAGGCUGAGUAAACCAUCCCCCUUUUUAACGUACUUUUUUCUAUUUGUUGUAAGCUGAGCUUAAUUAAAAAAAUUUCUAAAUGAAAUUUUUGUAAUUUCCGUUUGAUCGACUCGUAAUAAACUUGGUGAAACAAAAUAA